AUGCCUCAGAACGAGUACAUCGAGCGCUGGCAGAAGCAGCACGGUAAGCGCCUUGACCACGAUGAGCGUCAGCGCAAGCGCCAGGCCCGUGAGGGACACAAGCAGUCGCACGAUGCGCAGAACCUGCGUGGUCUGCGUGCCAAGCUGUACCAGCAGCAGCGCCACAAGGAGAAGAUUCAGAUGAAGAAGCGCAUCAAGGCCCAGGAAGAGAAGAACGUCAAGUCCGCCGCGCCCGACGAGCCUUCCAAGACCCCUCUGCCCCAGUACCUGCUCGACCGUUCGCAGGAGACCAACGCCAAGGCCCUCUCCAGUGCCAUCAAGGAUAAGCGUAAUGAGAAGGCCGCCAAGUUUGCUGUUCCCUUGCCCAAGGUCAAGGGUAUCAGUGAGGAGGAGAUGUUCAAGGUUGUCAACACCGGAAAGAAGACCCACAAGAAGUCCUGGAAGCGUAUGAUCACCAAGCCUACUUUCGUUGGUAACGACUUCACCCGUCGCCCCGUCAAGUACGAGCGCUUCAUUCGCCCCAUGGGUCUGCGUUACAAGAAGGCCAAUGUCACACAGUAUGUUUACUCUGGCACAAUCGCAAUUCCCGAGCUUGCUGUCACUGUUCAGCUACCCAUUCUCUCCGUCAAGAAGAACCCCCAGAACCCUCUCUAUACUCAGCUGGGUGUCUUGACUAAGGGAACAAUUAUCGAAGUCAACGUCUCUGAGUUGGGUCUCGUUACCACCUCCGGUAAGGUCGUCUGGGGUAAAUGGGCCCAGGUUACCAACACCCCCGAGAACGACGGAUGUGUCAACGCUGUCCUCUUGGUCUAA